AUGAAUAGUGAUGAAAUAUUAUCUGUAGUAGCUGAUAUAGGGAAUCUAUAUACAAGAGUAGGAUUUACAGGCGAUGAUUUCCCUAGAUGGAGUACCUUUACUAAAUGUACAGAAUCCUAUUAAUUUGGGGAUGAAGCUUUAGGAGUUGGAAAUAAAUAAAUUCUUGAUAUUCUUUAACCAUUUAAUCCAGAUCUUUAUGAACAUCUUUUAUAAAAGAUAUUUGAAAAGAUUUAUGUUUAACCUAAAGAUUAUAGUCUAUUGAUUGCCAAUAACUUUUAAUCAAAAUAAGAUCUUUAAAAAGUAGUUGAAAUACUUUUUGAGAGUUUGGAGGUUCCUAAUUUCUUUACUAUAAGAAAUGCUGCUUUAGCUACUUUUUCUGCUGGAAGAUCAACUGCAUUAGUUUUAGAUAUUGGAGCAUAUUCUUCAACUGCAUCAGCUGUGCAUGAUGGAUAUACAUUAUUAAAGACAUAAUUAUAAGCACCUAUUGGAGGAGAAAUGCUUAAUGAACCAUUUAAAUAAUAUAUUGUUGGAGAAUAUAAUUUAUUCAAAAAAACAUGUUAAGCUAGAGAUAUUAAAUAAUCACUUCUUACUUAUGAAGCUAUUGAUACUAAUCCAUAAUAUGAAUUACCAGAUGGAAAAAUUAUUUAAUUAUAAUAAUCGUAAUUAUUAGAAAUUGCAGAUAAAUUAUUUUAUAGCAAUGAUAACUUUAAAGGUAUUUAACAUAUGUUGAUGGAUAUCAUUAAUAAUUCUCAAAAUGACAUUAAAUAAUUAUUAUCUUCUACUGUUAUUUCAACUGGUGGUUCUUCUAAUAUUCCAGGAUUUCUCAAUAAAUUAUAGACAACUUUAUCAGCCUUAGCUCCUCCUAUGUGUAAAGUUAAAUUAGUUAUGUAUCCAUCAAAUGUAAUAAUAUAUUCAUUCAUUUUUAGUAAAAUCGAUAUCACUCUGUUUUUAUUGGAGGAUCUAUUCUAGCUUCUCUUAGUUCAUUCUAAUCCCUUUGGGUAACAAAAAAUGAAUAUUAUGAGUCAGGUAGACUUAGUAUUAUUGAAAGAAAAUGUCCUAAUUGA